UUCGCUUUGGAGAGUUUGAAGAUUUCCUGAGACCUCAGAGCUGUGGUGGAUCUUGGGGAAAGAAUACAAUGCACUCACAGAGAGAGAUGAGAUUUUAUCAGAUGUCACAUCACGACUGUGGUUCACAUACAGAAAAAACUUCCCACCAAUUGGCGGGACAGGACCUACUCAGAUACAGGAUGGGGAUGCAUGUUACGGUGGGCGGCCAGAUGAUCCUAGGCGAGGCCUUGGUGUGUAGGCAUGUAGGCAGGGACUGGAGAUGGGCAGAGGCCAGAAACAAAGAGAAGAGUACAUCAGUAUUCUCAAACGCUUUCAUUGACAAAAAAGACAGCUAUUAUUCCAUCCAUCAAAUUGCCCAAAUGGGAGUUGGAGAGGGAAAGCCUAUAGGCCAGUGGUAUGGACCGAACACAGUUGCCCAGGUUUUAAAGUAAGUACUGUAGAGAAAAUACAGGUUACCA